CUAAGAAUGAAACUGAUUGCAUUAGGGACAGCUCUAGGGCUGCUCACCUGUGAUAAGGUUUGCACUGCUCUGUUUGUCCUCUCAAGUGUCAAGAGUCCGGUGCUUUUCCUCCACAAAGCAGAGUGAGUGUUAGCUGUGACAUGAGGAAUAACUGAGCGUGUUGCACUGGUGUGAAAGAAAAGCUAAUGAAGAAUGAACAGCAACCAGGAAACAUCAGCAGACAUACAGGAAACAGGGUUUGGGAGUCCUGCCCUCUCCAAACAGAGGAGGAUCAUCUACUUCUCCAGCGGUGAAACCAUGGAGGAGGAAGACAGUGAGGAGGAAGAGGAGUCAGACAGGCCUCCCUUCACAGAACCUGCAGAGAAGUCUAGGUUUUCCUUCAGGAAUGUGGCUCUUCUAGUCGGGAGGAUUUCCCUGCUGACGUGUGAUUUCCUUGGAGAAAGACUGGCCGGGGUCCUCGGACUGAAAGCAGCCAAAUACCAGUACGCCAUCGAUCAACAUCACCGUGACAACAAGACAAAAGGCAGCGGGGCCUCAGAGAACCUGGUGGAGGGAGGGUGGGACACGAUCCGCCUGUCUAGAGGACCGGAGGGGAGUCAUUAUGGAGCUACGGGAGAAGAACGAUGCCCGGCUGAUUCACAGGCGAGCUGGGAUCAGAAACCUCUGGACACAAGUGAAGGGUGUUACAACAGAGCGUAUCAAGCAGAUGAGCUUCAAGAGGUGUAUGAGAAUGGCGAGGAUGAGAACCCCAUCCUGAAUAAAGGAUCAGACACCAACCUGUUCGAAGGGGACAUUUUAAUUCCAGAGGGAAGGAAUGCCUUGAUUGACAAGAGAUACAGAUGGAAAUUUCCAAUUCCUUACAUUCUGGGUGAUGAUUUGGAUCUGAAUGCCAAGGGUUGCGUCCACCAGGCCUUUGAGAUGUACCGGCUGAAGUCCUGUAUCGACUUCAAGCCUUAUGAGGGAGAGAAGACGUACAUCAAGUUUGAAAAGAGAGGAGGGUGUUUCUCCAGCGUUGGGGACCAGCAGACCGGUCAGAUUCUUUCCCUGGGGUCGGGGUGUGACCACAAGGCGGUGAUCGAACACGAGCUGCUGCACGCUCUGGGAUUCUACCACGAACAGUCCCGCACAGACCGGGACGACUAUGUGGACAUCUGGCUGGAUCAAGUAUCUCCAGGAAUGGGACACAACUUCAACAAAUACAACGAUGACUUCAUCACCGAUCAGAACACGGCGUACGACUAUGAGUCCAUCAUGCACUACAGGCCCUUCUCCUUCAAUAAGAACGAAUCCAUCCCUACCGUCACCACCAAAAUCCCAGAGUUCUACAACAUCAUUGGCCAAUACCUGGACUUCAGCAAGAUGGACACCCUCAGGCUCAACCGGAUGUACAACUGCUCGGGUCCGCUCACCCUGCUGGACCAGUGUGCCUUUGAGUAUGCCAGCAUCUGCGGGAUGAUCCAGGCCUCCACUGAUGACGCCGACUGGGUCCAUACCAAGACCAGUGUGAAUGAAGAGGAUCACACACUCCUGGGAAGAUGCAGAGAUGCUGGUUACUUCAUGCACUUCAGCACCAUGACUGGAAAGCCAGCAGAGUCGGCUCUGCUGGAAUCCCGGACCCUCUAUCCAAAGAGGAAGCUCCAGUGUCUGCAGUUCUUCUACAAGAUGACCGGAAACUCCCAGGACAGGCUGGUGAUCUGGGUCAAGAUGGAUGAUGGCACAGGGGCUAUUCGUAAAAUGAUGAAAAUACACACCUUUAAUGCCGAUUCUGACCACAAAUGGAAGAUCGCCCAUGUCCCAAUGGAGGUGGGGGUAAAAUUCCGCUAUGCCUUCCAAGCUGUGCGCGGUGAUCCCUCUGCAUCUGCCGGUGGCAUCUACAUAGACGACAUCAGCCUGACCGAGACACGCUGUCCCAAUGCUGUGUGGACGAUCCCGAACUUCUCCAAGAUCAUAGAGACGGCCAACAUCAACACAGUGAUUGACAGCCCUCGUUUCUACAGCCCUGAGGGUUAUGGUUACGGUGUCCGUGUGUAUCCCUUGUCCACGUACACAGAUUACACAGGGAACUACACUGGGCUGUACUUCUACCUCACCAGCGGGGUCAAUGAUGCUGUUCUGCAGUGGCCAGCAGUAAACAGACAGGCGACCUUGGUGGUAAUGGACCAAGACCCUGACAUUAAGCUACGGAUGUCCACAGCUCGCAGCCUCACUACUGACAUGAGGAUGACAUCAGAUGGAAAGCUGUUUUGGGACAACCCCUCCAAGGUGGGAAAGUAUGACGAGUCCUGCCGCUGCUACAAAAGUCAGACAUGGGGCUGGAGGAACUUUGUCAAGCAUUUUGACCUCAGGAGGCGCAAUUACCUCAAGAACGAUGACCUCAUCAUCUUCAUCGACUUUGAGGAUAUAAGAUCACUGAUCAAAACUGAAGUUCCCAUUAAACCGGCGGAGUAGGGUCACACAGGGUAGACUGGAGAAACGAUGGAAAGAACAACGUUUGACCAUGGAUAAAGGAUGGAAGACACUGCUGUGACACAAUCAUCAUCUUCUUUAAAAAAGCUUGAAAUUUGACGUUAUAUUUGGUGUCUAAUUUAUAUAUAAAAGGUGACAUACUCUAUAUUCAGAAUAAGCCAUUGUAAAUCAUUUUUAUCAUAAUGUGUUUUCCGCAUUGAACUCCUCUAAUAAAAACGAUUAAAUGAAGCUAGCAAAGAACAAUCCUUUGGUGUGUUUCUUUUCUUUUGCGAUGUACAAAUGGUUUCCAUUAGAGACAAUGAAAUAAGAGGAAUGAAUGCUUUAAGCUUCAAAUGAACAAAAAAGUAUUUAUAUUUGGUUUCAAUUUCUUAAGAAAUGCUUUACCCUUUAAUUCUUUUUUUAAUAAAAUGCUUUACCCUUUGUUUAUCGCUCUUAAAGGGGAACCCCACCAAUUUACACCGAAAUCAGUAAAAAGUCUAUACAGUUUUAUUUAAAAAAUGUAUAGCUCUGGAACUAGAUAAAAUAUCAAAUUCAGGAUAGCCAGUUGCUAAAUAUGUUAUUAAAUGUGGAAUGACUUUUAUAUUUUAUUACUUUCAAAUAACUGUUUCAAACUGGGAAAUAAUGAUGAAACGUCCUCAAAACAUAAUCAAGCUUUUUUUGACCUAAAGUAACGAUAGAGCCCUUUUCUGACUUUUUUAUUUCACAGUGGGAUACUUGUUUAGGGCUUUCUUGUCCAAAUACAUAGGCGCAGUGUUUUUUUUUCUGA